CUAAAAUAAAUCGUCUAUACCACUUUUACUCGCGCGCCUAUAAUAAGAGUACUCACGAUUUAUUCCGUUGCAUAUAGUCCGGUAUCAUUACACCGUUCGCGGCCUCCAAGCAAACAACUGUAAUAUAAUAUCUGCUCGUAAGUACACAAUAUAACCAUUUUCAUAUAAUAAUAUUUUAACCAACUAUCUUCUGUUUUUUUUUUUUUUUUAUUAUUUUUAUUUUUUAUAUGCACAAUAUAUUUUUCCGAGUUUACCGUGUUGCCGGUGAUACUAUUUCGUUGCCCGGUCUCGGGGACGGAGUACGUACCCAUCUACUAUCCCGACAGGUAUAUUUUUUGAGAAAUACUCGUCAUGUUUCGUGUUCAUAAUGCAUAAUUCAUAUAUAAAAUACACGUAGUCCGGGGUUUGCAGUUUCAGCCCCGGGAAAUACGAAUCACACCGGCGGACCACAAAUCAAAGGCGCGAUAAUAUGUUAAAAUUUCAACGAAAUAUCCUACACACUUCUGUAUAGAAUUAUUAUCGACAGAGAUAUUCAAAGCAGCGUUCAAACAUUUAAAUAUUACGAAAAUUCCGGUAGUGUCGAAUUUUAAAACCGGGAGUUUUAAGCACUUUCUCGACCCCUCGCCCGCCGCAAUUGUGACCGUGCCAAUAUUUAAAAUUAUUAAUAAUUAUCGAUCACAUAAUACAUCGACAUGAUGUUGUUUCGCCCAGAAAUCUGAUGUUAAAUAUAUAUAUAUAUAUAAAUAUUAGUUCGUUAUACUGCCCCCCCCACCGGCAGUGGGGCCCCUUUUUGGAUUCCAAAACCACCCCCAUUUGAUUGUAUUUUUGUGUUGUUUUUCAGAAUUUAUUUGGCUAUCCUACGACCGUUAUAACCAUAGUACUCAAAAAUGUUUCUACAGUUCAAAGGUUUAAAAAAAAAAAAAAAAUGAUAAUAUUUUUAUGAUUUCGUGUCAACGUUUAGUACGCCAUUUGUUUGUUAUUAUUCAGAAUUCGUUUAGACGUUCGUACUAUAGGUCUAUGUUGUUAUUAUCUUUGGUUUCUGAGAGUAUUUUCUCAUACAGCCGUGAAUGCAUUAUGCGACUUCUAGCUAUUUAAUUUUAAGUAUAGACAUUUUAAAACAUUUUCGAAAAGUUUGAUCGAAAACCAAAUCUUUCGUCCAUCGACCUGAUUAUUAUUGAUGCUGUAAUAAAAUUCCAAAUAGUGAAUUAUUUGCACCGACAAAGGCCGAAAAGGUAAAUAAUUUGAAAUAUUUUACGUAUUAACUUACAGUUGGAAAUUUUACUUUUUGCAAUGAUUUCAUAGACAAAUUACACUCACCUAUACGUUAUAUUUUUUAUGCCCGAAAUAUUAAAUAAUUAACAUUGAACAUGACUGAAUAAUUAUAAAAAUGUUAAUAUUUAUUUUUUUAACAGAAUUUCUAAUUUAAUGUUAAUAAAAAAUUAAUAUUUAUAAACAAAAAAAAACGUCUUAAGAUAAUGAAGACGGGUGCAGCGACUAUAAUAGGUAAUUUAAUGUACAUCUGUAAGUAACGAUAAAUUAUUGCUAACGAAAAAACGAUUCUGAGUGUAGUGUAGUUAAUAGUGAUGUUUUGUCAACAAUAUAUAUAUAUGUCAUAUUAUGGUAAAAUAAUUAAAUAGGCAUUAUACAUUUUCUUUAAUAAUAUUUGUUUAAUAUUUUACCGAUUUUCCCCAUUUAUUGGAAAAACUCCCAGAAAAAUCGAAAAAUUGUCUCCUUUAAGUACCUUCCCAGUCAGAUUUCUGUUCAGAAAAAGUACUAUCAUAUUAAAUUGGAGCGAAAUGGCUGAUAGAAAAUUUGUACACAGAAAAAAAGGCCAUAACAUUUUUUUACUAAGACCUACGUUUCAUACAUUUUCCGUUUUUUCGUCAUUUUAUACGGGCUUUUCCUAGAUAUUAUGAAAAUCGCUUGAAAAAUCAAAAAACGAUUUCUUAGCACCUUUCCUGAAAUAAAAUAGGUGUUGGGAGAUACUUUAAGAAGAUCAUUUUUUGAUUUUCUCAAGAGUUUUUCCAGCAAACGUGAAAAACCGGGAAAAACGUAGGAAAAUUUAGAAAACCGGUACAACAUUAAACAAAUAUUUUUAAAGAAAUUAUCGAAAGCUUAUUUAAUUUUUUUUUUUUUUUUUACUCUAAAAUGUCAAAUAUAUUGUUGAAAAAGCACUAUCAACUGAACUACACUCAGAAUCGUUUUUUUCGUAAGCAACGGUUUAUCGUUGCUUUCGCGUAUACAUUUAAUUCUCUAUAACAUUGGUUGUGCUCGUCCCCAUUAUCCUAUGAUCUUUUUCGUGUAUGAUACGCACAUAAUGAUAUUAUGUAUAAAGCAGCCAGCUCGGAGACCGGCCUGUCGGGAAAAUUCCCGAUUUCCCGAUAGGCCAAUCCGCCCCUGAAUUCUAGUACCCAGUGUUAUUGCUACUAUUUUCGUAUUUUAAAUAGCUCCCUCGCGACGGUUUGCCGAAAGACCGGGUAAUAUUACGAUUUAUAUACACAUUGAAACGCGAAUUACCGUUCGUAAAAUAAUAUAGACACUCGAGAUAUGCCUCGUAUUACAAUAAUACUGUAUGUGUAUUAUUGUAAUAAUAAUACACGCGAUCGUUACACGAAUUAAUAUUACGCGCAUUUCCAUAGCGUCUGUCUGUCAAACGCGGCGGGAAAAAAGAAAAGCAAAAAAAAAAUUAAUAAAAGAAAAAAAAAAAACCAACAAAUGCGGUUUACCUCCGACAUAUUUCCAUACGAGUAAAUAUUAUUAUUGUUAUUAUUAUGUGGAAAUAGAUAAUUUGUACGCGUCAACCGUUUCUUUCCCACCGAAGCGGAUAUCUAACAUUACCAUUGUGCGCGCGUGUGUACGAGACGCCGAAAUUUCCGACCCUGAAAUCUCCCUCCGCGAAGAGUUUUGAUACUUUUCCCGAACGCGCAAAACGCGAAUACUGCUUGGAUAAAAUCGUUUGGCCGAACGGAAACGCUUGACGAUUUAACACUUAAAAAAUAAAAAGUCGAGCGCAAUAGAGUUUUUUUUUUUUUUUUUUUAAGAUCAAAUUUCGAUUAAAAUCGUAAAUGUCACAGCGUUUCAAAACAUGUACAACCGAACUUCGCUUAAAAUCAUUUUUCGUCAGCAACCGUUUAUCGUUGCUUACGGAUACAAGUUAAAUGACUGUGUAUCCUAUUUUCCGACAACUUCCCGCUGACACACACAUCAGCAGUAUAGGUUUUUUUAUUUUUUUUUUCUCUCUCUCUCUCUCUCGCUUAACUCUCGCGCUCCAAAUUAACCGAUGUUAAACUGUCUCGAUUGUACUAUUAUCAUGACGACCGCGGUAAAGGCACGAGACCACGCCAUUAUAAUACUGUUAUUAUUUUAAUUUCCGUUCGCUAAACGGUUUCAAUCCGCUCGCGAAUUGCCUGCUGUCACCGUGCGCAUUAAUUGUACUUCCCAUACGUAUAUGAUUUUCCGUCAUUAUUAUUUCCCGACGAGGUUUUCCAACGGGAUUUCUCUUCAUACGCUAACGCGUAGUGUCAACAGACGAUAAUAUUGCAACGUUCGGCCUUACCGGCCCGUUUUGCACAGAUUCUGAGUGUGUAUUUAUGGAAUUUGCAAUGUAUAAGUUGCCUUUUGAAUAUCAAACGUAGGUAGUGGUUUCUCCUCCAAAAAUAAGGGUGACAAAAAAUAACAUAAAUGUAAAAUUGUAGAGCUGCUCGUUUCUUAAAUGUUUUAUACGACAAAUUACGAAAAAAGUUAACUCUUUCCGAGACAAUGAAUGUAUCCAUUUAAAUGGAACGCCAACACUGUCUUUAUACCUAAUUCAGUUGUAGAAAAUCGUAAAAAUGAAGUUUCUCGGAAUUUUCGUUUUAUUUAAAGCCGUUUGAAAUGUUCUCAUUUUUUUUUUCGUUCCUAUUUGGUCGUCCGUAAAAAUUGUUUGCGACAUAUUCGAAAAUUUAACACCAGGUUCAUAAUAACAAUUUGCGUUUAGUGGUAAAAAUAAACUCCCAUUUCAGGGUCGUUAUUUGUGCGACCUAACCGGAAAAUAAAAAAAAAAUAUAUUGGUGUGUAUUUUUUUCCUUUUUCACCUGAAAUCACGGUUCACGAACCGGACAUUCAUUUUUUUUUUUUUUUUUGUUUUAAGUUCACUAUACUGCGUACAUUGUAAUAAUUAUUUCAGUAUGCUGCCCGUCGAAAUUUAUUCGGAAAACAAUUUUCGUUUCCAAACCGGACACUAGGAAAGUAUAAAAUCACUAUAGGACGGAUUUUAAUAGGGAUAUUAUUCGUUCGAUCUCUCCGCGGAAAUCGACGGUUUACGAUAAUGGAAUUGAUUUUCUAGCACAUACGUGUUAUUAUAAACUGCGCACAUCCCGGGUAUUAAUAGUAAACCGAUAUUCUAAAAAAAAAAAAAAGGAAGGGAAGAUGUUUCGGUACUAUCGCCGAUACCCGUUUUCUCGCGGCGGAAACAUUACACGGCAACGUUGUAUUGUGUUUCCUGGUCUGGGGAUUCGAUCGCAAAUAAAUAAUAUAUUAUUAUUAUUAUUAUUAUUGUAUUGUUGUGAACUGCUCGACGGCGACAGGGCGGACGUACAAUCGGUGCAGUAAACCGUCAUUACUGGCACGGCAUUAUUGCAACUGCUGUCAUUAGCACCGAAAACAAUUUACAGUUACCGCCGCGCCAUUAUUGUUAUCACCGUCGGCCGAGCCAGUGUAAAACCUCGUCAUCAGACACUUGUCGUCCACGGAAACCGUGUCGACGACUCGUGUCUCCGCGCGGACGAUAACAGUUUUAUUUAUUGUUACGCGGACAGGAACGUGAACGAAUUAACACGAAAACGUUUGUGACGAUUCUGUGACAUUUGACUAUUAUUUAUUUUUUUAUUUCAAUUUCGUGUAGUCCGUGAUUAGAUAUAGCGUAUUAUAAAACAAUUAUUAAUAAUAAUAAUAGUACGACGGUUUGAUAUUUGAUAUUGAUAACAAUAAUAAUAAUAAUAAUAAUAAUAAUAAUAAUAAUAAUAAUAAUAAUAAUAAUAAUAAUAUUUAUUUAUUCAUUUUCCAACUAUAGUAUAACAAAUUAAAAUACAUAUAUAAAUUACCGUGGGAUAAAAGGUGCGAUAGACAAUCGGUUUUCAUAUUGUAGGACUACGAAUAUUUUGUUUACUAGUAAUGCAAUUGUUUUAACACAGAAUGUUAAAUUUAAUAACCUUACGUUACGUAUACAAAAUUAUUACUGCGGGAAUUUGUUCCAGAUAAAGACGAAGAAAAUACAAUAAAAUAAAACAAAUUCUUACUAUAAACAAUGAUGAUCUUAACAGUGUAAACAUAUUCUAAGUCCGUAAUUAUUUUUACCGCCAGUAUAAUAAUUUUUUAAGCCCAGCUAUAUAAGUAAAUUAUUGUCCAUUGUCUACAGUCCCGACCUUAUACUUUGUAUACUGUUAAAAUGUUCACAGGUUAGACAAAUGAUUAAGCCUAUUUCCUCCUCUCCCAGAAACAUGCGAAUAAACACAUUCAAAUUCAAUCUGCAGUUAAUAAUAUUUUUAAUGAGGAGGAUAAAGUAACCAUUUUUUCAACAGAGUAAAGAUAAUAACAUUUUUUUGGGAGGGAAGGAUAUUUUUACUUUUAUCUAAACGAUUUUUAUUUUUAUUCGCUUCUUUAACUCGAGCACCCCGAAUCGAGUCUAUAAUUCCCGUCGAGUUGUGCAUUCAUUCGACUGCGCCUUUGCACGCCUAUUUAUUCUCUCGCCUACAACCAAGGCCGUAUAUCACGGACACGGGGAGGGGAUUUAGGGGUCAAAUCGCCCUCAUCGCCUUUUUACUCUUCGUAUCGUAGGCAAUUUUGUAUGUAUAGAUUUAAAAACAUGAAAAUUUGUUGCCACUCAUCUCCUCUCCCAACCCAUGCAAAAUGUAUGCGUACGCCGUUGCAACGCAUAACCGUGAAGUACAUUUACAAUAGAAUAAUGUAAUAUAAUAUAAUUGUAACGUAACAAUUUUAAACGCGGUAGUAAAAAAAAAAUACAUCAAUGUUAUGAAAUCGUUAUUAUGGUCGACGUAUUUUUAUUUCGACGCGAUGUGUGGGAAACGCGCGCUCGUUAACCGCGAAAUGAACGCCGCAUUUAAACAUAUUUAAAUGUCCGCGUAACAUAAUGAAAACGCGUGUUUUUCUCCCGCGUUCAGUGUCAAAAAUCGAAGCGUUUCGUGUUGCGAAAUCACACUAAGUACACUGUAUGCAUCACGUGUCUUUUCGGCCAUUUGUCGUAAAUGGAACCACGAGAAAAUACGAAAUGAUUUUAUUAAACUGCCGUAGGACCGCCGUACGCAGCGCCUACGGUGACCGUAGACGAAAUGCACAUUAGUGCGACCACGAUGACAUCCAUGCGGGUAUUUUUACAAUUAACUAACUGUUGACAAUAUAUUGUAUACGAGUAUAAGGUAAUAGGUGCCUAAGUGACUUUCUAAUUUGCGACAAAUAUUUCGAAAAUAACCGCCGAAUUUUCUUCGUUAUAUUUAGUUAUAUCAUACAGGGUGAUCAACGAUGGUGCGACUCAUUUGCUAUAAAACGUUUUACUUGUAUCUCUACGACGAUUCGUUUUCGCGCAUAGGAAACUGAAAUUUUCGAACAGUGUACGAAUUUAUAUUCCAAUAUAUGCGAUAUCCGAAUCGGACAUUGUGCGAACGAUUUGUUUGUAAUUUUUAUUUUUUUUUUUGCAUUUUUCUUUCACUCGUGGCGGCCUUUCGGCGCUUUUCUCGCGAUUUUUAGAUUUACAUUCAAGAACAAUGGUCUUCGGUAGUAGAGUUGACGAGCGAAACCGGCGCGCAUAGCCUAGCCAAACCCGGGAACGCAAUUUGGGGGAGGUGUAACGGAGAAAAUCGCCACAUUUCAGCGGACACGGCGACACGUUUUUAAUUUUUGAAAUAAGUGUUGUGGAUGAGCGCUAAGCACAGUAUCCCGGCGAGCCAAAAGCUUAAACACACUUCUGAGCCAGCCGUUUCCCCGCUCCCGCUAUAAUGAUAUAAUUCAACGGGGGGAAAAUCGUUGAAAUGUAAACGGGCGCAAACGAGUUUUACUCACCGACAUUACGCAAGACAAUCAUUAUCUGGCGAAACAUUAAUAUUUUUCAGAAUUUGUUUUUUGUUUUUUUUUUUUUAUUUAUUCAUUCAUUUAAGAAACAAGCGUCUAAUAAAAUAUGUUACGCUAAGUAGGUACCGUUUUACGUUAGUCGCCGAUUUUUCGGGAAUAGCGAAAGCGAAUAAUACCAAUUUCGAUUUCCAAAUAACAUCCUAUAUCGAAAACGCUAUGAGCACAGAUGCAGUUUUUUAUUUAAAUAAUGGUCGGCGGUGACGUUUUCGGUACCCAUCGAGCCUUUGACGACAGAUAUCCCGCUUUUGAGUUUAUCGUUUCGUGUGUAUGGGCAGCGAGUGUAUAAUAACGAAACACGAAUAUAAUUCGAAUGCGCUAACCGCGGCGCCACACGAAUAAUUCAAAUGAUGUCUGUGCUAUUCAGUGCUAUGUUGAACACCUUGUAUAAUAAUAGGUAAUUUAUGAAAAACGUCCCAUAAUUGCGAUAUUUUAUUAGGGAAUUGAUUUGCUUACGCAAACGUGUGUGCCAAAGUGACACUAAUCGACCUCUCAAUAGGUCGACAAAACGAGUCUGCGGUUAUUAUAAUAAUCUCGAUCGGCGAUUGGCAAAUACAUUUUUUUACCGGUAUUCCAGCGAAUAAAUACCGGAAUAAUGUUUAUUUAUUUUUCGUGUUUUCAAUAAUUUAAUCGAUUUUGGGUAGAUUUCAUAAAACAAAUUAUAUUAAGGACAAUAUACAAUGUUAACGGUGCAGUUGACUCAGACCUGUAAAGAAGUACCUAUUCGAGUAAAUGUAUUGAACUACGAAACAUAUUAGAACACUUUCGAAUAUGCGCUGUAAAGGUUUUUUUGUAUUUGAAAUCGAAUGGAAAUACUUAAUAACCGUAACGCUUUCAUAAUAUUAUAGAUUCUGAGCGAUGUCGUUCGCUUUUUUGUGCCUGUUAACAAUUUUUAUACCCGAAAUUUUACUUCAAUAAGUUCUAGGAUUCAUUGCGGUAACGAUUUGUAUCUAUUCGGUGCAAUGAAAAGGUCGUUUUUGAAUUUAUAUGUAGUUUUCUUACGGAUUUUGAAAAAACCAAGGACAGUGGGAAAAUCCGUUUUUCCUAAACGUGUUUUUAUAUAUUGUGUAAUUGUAAAUAUCGUCCGUUAAAUAUCGACAAAGAAAAUGAUUAAUAAUAAUUAACAAAAAAUAAAUAAAUAACUUUAGCAAACUUGUGAAAAUAAACAUAAUUCAAAGUAAAAAAUGAAAAAAUUAGAUUUCCCCCAAAAAAAACUACCGACCGUUUAGGAAAAUAUCUUAGAAGUUUUGCUCCUAUCAGAACAUGACAAGAGCCUUUUUUUUGUUUAAGAUUAAAAUUAAUUAAACAAUUCAAAAUAAGAUUGUCAUUGGCAACCGUUUUUAUUUAUUUUUUGUUAUUAUUAAUUAUUAAGUUUUUAUUAUUUUAAUAUUUCAAUCAUUUUUAUACAAUCGUUGGCAUCGUGAAAAUGCACAUUGGUUUUAGAUUCUGAGUAGAACUAGAAAUACAUUGGUUUUACAAUGAUGGUUUUUUUAGUUUUUAUGAAAAAUACACUUUUUCUACCAGAAAGCAUAUUCUGAUUAUCAAGUACGGCACCUUUUCUGAAAAUAAAUGUUCUCUAGGUGGUACUUAAUAUUCCAGAUAAUGAGGAAAACCGGGUUCUUUAGGUUAAAAAAGAUUAAAAGGUUAAAAAUAAGAUUGUCAUUGGCAACCGUUUUUAUUUAUUUUUUUAUUAUUUUAAAUCUUUUUUAAACAAUCAUUGAUGUCAUGGAAACGCACAUUGCUGAAAUCAUUUUACUUUAAUAUGACAUAUAUUGUUGACAAACCAACACUAUCAACUGAAUUCCGUUCAGAAUCGUUUUUUCGUUAGCAAUGAUUUAUCGUAUGGCUUACAGAUUUACAUUUAAUUUCUUUCUGUAUCCUACCUUUUCAACUUUCCACCUACAAAAGUGGCUGCACCCAUGUACAAACACUUAGUACAUGGAUGCAGCCAUCCUUUUUUUUAUUAUUCCUAUUAUUUUAGAUAUUUUAUCUUCACUCAAAAUUGUUUUCGUUCCUAAUGGUUUAUCGUAAUAACUUUAUGUAUCCCACAUUCCCAACUACCCACCUACAAAAGUGGCAGCACCCGUCUCCAAUGUCGUCUCAUUUUUUAAAUUUUUAUUUGAAUUUAAAUAAACGUGUUUCGUAUGUAAUAACUUUAUAAGUAUAUUGUAUUAUCUACUUUCCAAUCCAAAUAUUAUUAUAUCGAGACUCAGUUCUCUACAGUUUUUGAUUUUAGAGAGAUUAUUUUAAGGGAAAUUUACACGCUUUGAUCGUGUUCCGAAAAGACGUCGAGUUUUCCGACGACGAAGCAAAAAAAAAUCCAUUGUUAAAAUAUGAAUAAAAUAUAGUUUCCUGGCUCUCUCUCUCACUCAAAUCGAAUAAUAUUAAAAAUGGUUUUUUUUUUUUUUUUUUUUUUAUGUAUAUUACAGUAUAAUGCAUUUGGCCGGAACAUAUCAUAAUAUACGAGUCGAAUUUAAAAACGAAUUAAAAUUUAAAUUGGAGGGGUUUUUUUUUUUUUAAUGCAAAGGGCUGGUGAUAAGAUUUUCCAGUUUAAUGUUUAUAUAAUUUUUGUGUGCGUUCCACGCGAGCAUGCUCGAUUAUAUAAUUGUACGUAAAAAAAGCGAGAUUUAUUUUUUUUUUUCGAUGAAACGUUCGUCUAAAUAUUUCGAAUGUAUAGUUUAUUACGACUAGUGUUGAAAAUUAUCUUUGUAUGCAUAUUCAUUUUCCUUUCGAUAUUAAAAUUUUUUUGAACGAAGUACGAUAAUUUUUAAAUUUUUAUUUUAAAAUGUUUCUUGUUUAAACAUUAAAAAUAUCGAGAAUAAACUAACUGCCAAUCAAUGUUUUUAUCUUUACAUUUUAUAAUAGGCCAAUUCGCCGUUCACCGUUUGAUUUCGUCCGUAUUAUUUUUAGAGUGAUACAGAGAAAUAAGAGAGAAUAAUAAUAACAAUAAUAAACUGGGCUUAAAAUCAAUAAAAAUAAUGAUAAAUAUGUUUGCGUUGGUCAUUACGGUUUUUGUGGGUAAUCGUGAGUACCUUACCCGGGUUAAAUUAUUGCAAUUUUCGUAGGGAUCUCCAUUUUUUUUUUUUUUUUUUUAAUAAAAUAAAGCCCACUGUACUCACUUAUAAUGUAGCUUUUAUUAGGUUAAAGAAUUUUUAAAAUCGGUUAAGUAGUUUUUGAACUAAUCCAUAACAAACAAACACACAAACAAAUCUUUUCUCUUUAUAAAAUUAGUUUAUAUUUCGAAUUAUUAUUUGACCGCGUGAAUCGUAUUCGCUUGAACGACGUAUAAGUCGUCUCCGAGUGAAGGGAUCGAUUGGAAAUACAGAAGGGAAAAGGUGCGCUGCAGGUCACGCGAGCCGGCGUGUGUUUUACUAACGACAUAGUAAUGUAUAUUGCAAAACAAGUACGACAGUGAGGCCACCCCGUCAUGUACAUUCAAUGAAAUAAUCGGAAUUUACGUCGAAAAAAAAACUAGUUUUGCGAAAACUGUAUAAUGCCAGAACUACAGAGUGUCGUUAUUUACACUGGAAGUUAUGGUCAUAUUAAUAUUAUUGUGUUUUAAUCGGAUGUCUUUUCGUCUUUUUAGCGUCACGACCCUUCGAGAGUUUUUAGUGGAGGAAUGCAAGUUCCGCUUCUAGCAUUUAUAUACUUUCAUUUGCCAUUUCACUACAGCUAAUUACCCCAGGUCUUGUUUCACCCCGUCCUCUUUUUUAGACGUCCUAUGACACCUCUUGCCGGUCGAGGCUCGCCAUUUCCAACUUUAGUUUCGCCGUUUCCGAUCAUCUCUUUGCCGUGUGUCCAAACCAUAGCAUACACUGUGCCCUCACAAAAUCUCUUACCUCCGGUACCUAAUCCUGGACCUCCUUAUAUUUUUACCUACUUCUCCAGCGUUCGUCGUUAUAAUUAUACUAAACCACGAAUAACUAUCAGUAUUUCGCCUUCAAACGCAAUAGUUUUUUUCGCGGUUUAUUGUUUGUAUUUUAGUACGUGAAAAUCCAGUUUUUUUUUCCCCCCGAUAAUGAUAUUUAAAUAUACAACCUAAUUAUUUCUAAUAUAAUAACACCUGUGAAUUCUAAUUGCAAUAACAACUACUCGUAUUAAUUAAUUACGUUAUCGCUAAGGAAAAUCUAAAAUAAAUUCCUUGACUGGGAAUCACCGAGUCGUUAUUGUUACGAAACAUUUACACUGUUAAAAAAAAAAAUACACACACACACAGUACCAAUAAUAUAACAACACUCAAUGUGUAAAAUUCAAAGUAUCCGUCGGGAAAUUGAAAAUCGCUAAUACAUAUCAGUUCGGGAUCGGUUUUGAAAACUCUAUUUAACGAAUCGUUUUUGCGAUGACAAGAAAAUCAUUAUUAAUUUAGUUUGACGACCGAAAAUUAUUAAAAAAAAAAAAAUGCGUAAGAUAAAGAUCGCACAGUGAAAGUUUAUCAAAAUAUUAUGUAUAAAAAAAAAAAAAACACCUUUUAUUAUUAUUAUUUUUUAAUUAACGUUUAAUCCUGCGAACAAAAAGAAAAAAAACUACUAAUGAAACAUAAUAAUUUAUUAAAAUUUCGGAUGUCUAAAAAAAAAAAAAAAAAAUUGAUGAAUGAAAAAUAAUUUCGAACGACCGAAAACGUUAUUUGUUAUAAUAUUUUGUGACAUGGAAGUUUUUAUAUAGGUAGGUAUGUUGUGGAUGAAAAAAAAAAAUUGAUUAAAAGCCGCUCUCGGGUUUUACGGCUACAUAAAUAAUCAUCGGACAAACUGAAAUUGUAAUAUUUUACAACGCGGCAUUGACCCUUUUAAAACCUAGUCUCGAAAUGGUAAUCGUGCAGCGAAUCACAAAUCAGGUUUUUGUACCGCGAUAUGCAUCGCACAAUUAUAUUGCACAUAGUACAGCGCUGCAACAUAUACGGUGGUAUUUCUUUUUUCUUUUUAUUUUUUUAAUAACUGCUUUUACUAUAAAGGACACCCACAAAUAAAUUUCGUUCGACGUCUGCAUUCACGUCUGGCUCACGGUUUGCAAAAAAAAAAAAUAUCAGCACGUGGACGCCCGCAGACAGGCCAGUACGGAUGCUGAAAACAGCCCUAAAACCCCAAAAAACUAAAACCUAAGGGAACCAUACAUCGUGGGUAGCCUUUCCGAUCCUAAUAUGAAUGGGUUACAACAUACACGGUAUAUAAAAACAAAACAAAAAACCUCUCGGAUAUUAAUAAGUCGAUAGUUAGCAUUCAAUAGCGCCCAGUGACUACUGAAAUCCAUCGAAUACGCCAUGCACGUGGCCAAUUCAUCCUAUUACAGUAUUAAUUACAAUAUAUUUUUAACCGUUUUAAAUCUAUUUGAUAUUUACUUUUCAUGGCUUUUCAUGAAAAUUAUCUUUUUUCAGUAUGAUUUUGAAUACGAGAUAUUUACCAAGCUGUGUACUGGCUACUCCCCCCCCCCUCCGCCAGGCAUAUAAACAAAACGUAUAUGGUCUCGUUAUUACAUGACUAAUGGAAGUUUUCCAUCUCCCCUCUGGUUUAUCUAAACCCGCUUUUCAUCGACUAGGUUUGCACAUAGAGUAUAACUCCCUAUCAGAUUCGAGCCGACAUAAAAUGUUUCCAUUUCAUAUUAUUUUUUUAAAUGAAUUUGUAAUCGUUAUUUUAUUAACAUUUCUUUGACGAAAAUCCAUAUUAAAAGGGCGGUAAAUCACCCAUUUUGUAUCGACCAACUUAAUUGGUUUACUUCAUGUUUAAUACCGAUACCGUGUACGUUUGGUACAUAAUUCUUCGGGCUUUGCUGCAGUAUCCAUAGCUAGUUUAGUGAAAUUUCGGUACGCUUUCGUCAGAAUAUAUUAUAUGAAAUCGCCAACGACUUUCGGAAAUUUGCGCUACGGAAAAAAAAUUCCAAUAUUUCGCCAAACAAAUAUAAGCGAUGACUGACGAUAGCGGAACACCGCUGCAGUCGCGAUAACAUUUUAGAGAAGUAAUUUUCGAUUUUCCGGUUCGACAACCACGCGAACGUACGCGUUGCGCAAAAAAAAAAAAAAACAAUUGCAGACUACUGGCGUAUGAGAAUAAUAAUGUAAGGGGUCGUAUUAUAAUAGUAUAUAAAUUCCGAGGAGCUCGACUGAAAAUCUUUUCUCUAGUUUCGAAAAUUGUCGUUUCGGAAUUUAAAAUAAUAAUGCAUAUCGCGUGUAUCUCGUGUAAUCGAGACGAACCGACCGUAAACUCACUGAAGAUUUCUCGACAACGCCGAUUAAUUAAAUCGACCCGAUGACUUAUAUCGUGUCAAAUUGUAAACUACAAUUUUUCAACGAAAAUGUAUUAUAAUUCAUUAAUAUUGUCAACAUGUUUUAUAUUUUAUGUAUAUAUAUAUACAUUUUAUUAAAAAAUUCCAAUCGAAAAAAAAGUCGUAUAACUUGUAAACGUCAAACAACCGCCGCCGUCAGCAGCAGAACUGCGUCACUAUAGAGUCGAAUUUUCAAUCUCUUAACCCGCCUGUUUUCCAUAAUAGGAAAAUGUUUUUUUUAAAACAAUAAAUAACCGAAUACUCUGUUGUGUAUUUCUCAAUAAAUUGAUAGGUACUCGCACCUAAAAAGGGUUAAAUAUACCGCGAACAGUGCGCAUUGCCUAUUGUAUAAUACCCACAUAUUUCCUCGAUGUAUAUGUAUCAACGUAAAUAACUUUUUACUGGCAUACUUUUGAAAUUUUAUAUCUGUGAACAACUUUUCUACCAGAAAUUUUGCUCCGAUAUUCAAGUAUAGAACUUUUUCUGAAAGGAACUCUGACUGGAGUUGUACUUAAGGUGGUUAUUUUUCGAUUUUCUCAAAAUUUUUCCCAAAAAAUGGGAAAAACCGGGGAACGACGUAGGAAAAACGGGAAAAUUUACAAAAUGUAUUAUUUUCAAAUCGUAAAUUUCAAUACAUGUAUUGAUGUAAAAGAUAAUCGUCUAAUUAUGAAUUUAUUAAAACAAAUUAAAACCAAACUUACGAUUUCGGAAAUAGUCAAUAAAACCACAAUGUAGAUUAACCUGUGUAAACGUAAAUGAUCAAUUUGAAAGUGAGUCGUUAUCUGACCGCAUAGGGUUCAGCGUGAUAUCCACUAUGAAGGUUUUAAACUUUUCAAACUUGGCUACCAGUCUGCAGUCUUUUGGGACAUAAAAUAAUAAUUGUUUUUUUUUUUUUUUUACGAUUUUAUGACGAUGAUAAAUACAAUUUAGCGUACACCUAUAAUUUACAAAUUUUAAGUAAGCGUAUAAUCAUAACAGAUUAAUUUUUUUUAAAGUUAUAGACAUAAAUUCAAAAAUCGAUAUCCGAGUAUGCGUCGUAUACACCAUUGUGAAUACUCGAAUAAUUAUUAAUAAUGCAAUACUAUAUUGCUUCCAGAAAAACAAUAUAAUUUUAAUUUAUUAACAGUAAAGGUGGAGGAGGUUGAUAUUCGUCAGGACCUUCGACCAUUUUCAUUCACUGGUUCGUAAAAGAGCGAUAACGAAAAAAUAACUUUCAAUUGACUUUGCAUACUAUUGUCGCGUACUCAAUUUUCGAUACACUCUCAAUAUAUUAUGCAAAACCACAGUUCAGAGGUUAGGUUAGAGAGCCAAAAUGUUUUCAUUUUUUCCUUAGAUUUUUGUUUUUCUCCCGCCACGGAAGAAAAACAGCCAGAGGCCUUUAAUAUAUUCCUACUGAGCAAAAAAUAAAUCCCCGUUACUUUUUGUCGUUUUCUAUUUGUGUGGAAGCCAUUGAGUUUUACUUAUUUUUAAAUUACUUUUUUCUCUCAAAAUUCAGCGAUCCGACAUUAAUAUAUUAUUAUUUUAAUACCGGUUACUAUGCUAAUUGAAAAGAAAUCUCAUUAACCUUCCGGGAAAUUAUUUACUCGGUUCUGGUCAUAAUAAACCAUGAUGGUCAUGUGAAGGUGUUAUUUUACUGGAGGCGGUCUGAACUUAGAGCCCUGCAGAUAAUGUCUUAAUCUGUUUUCGUUGUCGUCGUUUACAACCAAUAUUGUUUUUACGUACGAAAAAUAUCGUAGAAAAUACACUCACUUAUACUUAAUCUUUGGGACACCAACUAAUUAUUUAGGGUUGCCAACAAUAUAAAAUAAUGGGUCACCGUGUAUAAAACAUUUGUUUAGGGAUAGUUAAAAAAAUGAAUAUUAAUUUAGUAGUCGCGGCUGUAAAAAGGUUGAAAAACACUGAUCUAAAACAUAUCGUUCAAAUAAAUUGUUUUCAUUAAAAUUACCCAGUAUAGUUGCGUUCUAUAUUUGAUUAAUUUUGUUCGUGCAUCAAGAACGAAGUUAAAAAUCAUAAUUGCGUUAAAUUUAUCGGAAUCCAUAAUCCACAUUCAAUUCGUUAAACCAGAUUAAAUUUAUUAAUUUUUCCAACUCGUUAAAACGGAUUAAAUGGAUAUAAUAAUCCAAUUAGUUUUUUUAAUCUAGGCUGCAAAUCGAUUACAUUUUUACGACUAGAACGUUUAAUUCGGAUCAAUCCGGUUCAGUCUGAAAUACCGAUUGAUCUGAAUUGACUAAGAUAGUAUCAUUUCGUAUAACCCUGAUUAAUAUGAACGUUCAGAUUAUUUUUAAAAAGUACAAUUCGUUAAAAAUGUAAAUUAAUGAAUUGAAACGUUGGAAGUUCGAUGAUAACAAGCUGAGAGGUUUUCACAUAAGGAUUAUAAGUCACCUAUUCGAUUAUUAACGUAUUAUAUUAUGAUUUAUAAAUAUAAUUAUAUUUUAUUUGUGUGAGUCAUUUUAUUAAUUACCUAUCUUGUAUAAAAAGUGAUCCAUUUAAAUGGGUACAUCCGUUAUCUUGAAAAGUGAUAACUUUUUUCAGAAUUUGUUUUCUAGAACAUUGAAGAAAUAAGCAGCUCUACAAUUUUAUAUCUAUGUUAUAUUUGUCACCCUUAUUUUCGGGGGUAAAAUCACUACCUACUUUUGAUUUUCAAAUGGCGACCUUUUGCUUUUCCUUAAAUUUUUUUUUUUUUUUAAUAUUUAAGGAACAAAUAGUUCUGAAAUGUUACAUUGAACUUUGUUUUUGUCACCCUUAUGUUUUUGGGCAAAAACUGCUACCAUAUUUUAGGUUUUAUGGGUAGAAUAAAUCAGCGUACUUCGCCACAGCAAAAAUAAUGUUUCACUACUCUCUCUUUACUCACAGAACUCGUCAACGGUUUAACGGAAAUUAAAAAUGUUAACACCAACUGUAUUUAAAUUAAAACUUCAUAUAUUUAUGGAAUAUUUUUUAAUAAAGUUUGCUAAUCGAUAAUCAAAAUGUCAUAGUGGUUUCAGCCCCUAACAUAGAGGUGACGAAAAAUAACGUAACAUUUUAGAGCCGUUCGUUUCUUAAUUUUUUCAAAUAAAAAAAUUCCGAAAAAAAAAAAACCUAAGUCUUACAUUAUAUUGAUCGCCCUACAUUAUAAUAGUCACACGAGGUUGUUGAACAUGAUUUGUAAUGUUACUCGAAUUUCGAUAUCAAUAUUUUACCACCCGAAUUCCCAGCGGAUCUUUAAUAGCAAUAUUCAGCCCCGGAGAAAAACCUUAACAUUGACAAAUCGUUUAUGUUUUUUUUUUGUUUUUUUUUUGCAGCUGCUCCUGUAUACCAAAUUUUUUAUACGGCCGGCAGUUACUCGAUGGCCACAUCGACGUCGUUCGCGCAAAUAUGGUCGGGCGUGCAGGUCGAGUACGACGAGAACGGCAAACACGCCGGCGUUCCCCAGCCGGCCGCCUCCGUCGCACCCCGGGGCCCGCCCAAGCACAAGACAUCGCCCGGAUACCGUAAAUAUCAAAUCGUGUGGCGAAACGUCAUAGCGUUCAUCUUGUUGCACGCGAUGACCAUUUACGGGCUUUACAUAUCGAUCGCCGGAUACGUUCAGAUCAAAACGUUACUGUUCAGUAAGUACUUUAUACAUGCAUUUUCCGAUAAACCGUAAAAACGACAACGUAAAAGUCCUAUACUAACCGCUGCCGUUUCGGCGUACAUACAGAGCCGUGUUGAGCCAUCAGUGGCCCAAGAGCAUUCAUUUUUCAACGCCUCUUUUUUAAGUUCCUACCUGAGAACGAUUUUAUAACAUCGACAUUAACAUUUCAACCUUUCGCCUCUACCAAAUCAAAUUCUUCCUUACACCUGAAUUCUUUUCUAGGUACACAUAUUACGUUCUAGGUAUUACUGUUUUUUUAUCUUACCGGUAAUUCAUUUAGAAAACAUUAUGAAUUAACCAAUAUUACUAAUCCAUUUUAUCGAUUCUAAUAACUUUUUGUUAGAAAACUGAUUAUUGAAUUUGACCAUACAUUAUAUAAUAAUAUAAUUAAUGUUAUGAUUGUUGUAAACAAGAUUUCAGAAGUAAUCGUUAAAUUUCCAUCAAUUUUGAUGGGAAUCAAUUUUUUUUUAUAAUUAUAACUAUUUAACUAUAAUAACAAGGUGGUGGGAUGGAACUAGAAAAAAAUUUUUCAAAUGAUUCAUAUUUACUCAAUAAUUAAUUAUUUCUUAAUCAUUUACAGAAAUAUUAUACUAUUUAACCGUAAAACAAAAGAGCCGAUAGCUACUGCUGAUAGAUGUUCCACUGUUAUAGGUGGUAAAUUAGGAGGGUAAAAUACAUAAAGUGAAUAAAUUUAAAUUUUUAAGCAACUAAAAACCAUUUCCAACAAAAUACGAUUCUGAACAAUUUUCAGUUAUGAAUGUUUUGAAAUGCCGUAAUAUUACCAUUUUCGUCAACAUUUGAUAUUAAAAUACUUAUAAAAAAAGAUACUACAUUACGCUAAACUUUAUUUUAUUUUAUAACAACUUGUGUUAAAUUUUUAAGUAUUUCAGUCAAGUUAAACAAUUUUAUCUGCAUAAUAUACCUACUAAAUAAACAUUAAACAAUUAAUUUUACCCCGGUUUUGCUCAAUUACACAGAAAGUACAUUGAAAAUCAAAAAAAAAAAAUAAACGCUUUCUUCCUCUUCAACUAUAAAUCCAAAAUACAAUGAAAAAUGUUUCUUAGCGGUUUUUUUUAUAUCGGAGUAAUAUUUCUGUUAGAAAAAUUAUUGACACAUAGAAAAAUAAAAAGAAAAAAAUUAUACAUGGUAGUAAACCCAAAACACUCCUCACUCCGUUCAGAAUCUAAAAAUAUAACGACGAGUGAAUCACAAUAUUUAUUUUUCGUGAUAGUAAUAAUAAUAAUUUAAAAAAAAAAAAAGAAAACACUCAAAAUCUAAAAUAAUAGACGACGUGAACGUAUGGCGACGAAAAUUAAUUACGAUCGACCUACUCGACGGUGAUGGUAAAGCGAAACCGAUAACGUUUUAUUACUAACUCGUUCGAACUAUAUUUUAUGUUUAACACUAAUGAUAAUAAAAAUGAUAAAAAUAUUAGAUUAUCAAAGGAAAAUAAAACCGGGAAUUGCGUUUACCUAACAAUUCGUUGGGUAAAUACUAUAUACAAACACUGCCAUUCAACGCGUGUCCAACUUGUUUUUUUAAGUGAUUUUCUGUCAAUAGAAUUUUUAGAUACGAUUCAGAGUGCACUAUAAUAAUAAUAAUGAACAGGUAAUAUAUUAUAGUAAGGUUCUUAUUGUAUAGUUUUUUUGCAUUUUAAAUGUCAUAUUAUGCGGGAGGGGGAUGAUGUUUAAAAUUUGUCUUUAAAAAUAUCAUCGGGCGUACGUUUUCCUUUUGGUUCUACACAAUAUACCGUUUUAGGGCCUCAGAAAAAAUCUAAAUUCAAUUCAUUUAAUUUCAACGGCAAAGGCUGAUACAAUGAACGCACAAAUAUAAUACUUUUAUCAGCCUGCAGCCACCUUUAAAACUUAACAAAUUGAUUUCAAAUUUUUCCCGAGGCUCUUAAACAGUACGACGUAGAACAGAGUAUCAACAAAAUAACCCAAGAAUAUUUUUAAAAAUGAGUUUUAAACAAUACACAUAUGUUUGAAAAAAUUCCUGUUUCUGUUUUUAAACCUGAAAAUCGAUUAUUUGUUUAGUCAGUUUAAAAGCAAUUGUCAUAUAGGCAAUAUAGACAUAAUGAUGUGUCUCUGGGUAAAUACCCAAAGGGUAGAUCAAUAUUUUGAGUCUUUAAUCAUUACUCGCCCAAACUUUGGGUUAGUAUACUUUUCAUUUAUUUUUUUUUUUUUUUUUUUUUUUUUUUUUGGAAAUCUACGUCCAAUCAAAAUAAAACUGUGAUUAUUAAUAAAAUGAUAAGUAAUGAUUUUACAAAAAAUUAAAAAAUCAGUAAUGUUUUAAAUUUGUUAAUUUGUAAUGUUUAAACGGAAAAGUAAACGCCGAUUGUUAUGUUUUAAUUUUAAACGACUAAACGAAAGUGUUUGGUGUGUCGAAAGAAAUGUGACGGCUGAAUGUUCAAAAGUUCAUGCGUCAAGUAUAAGUGCAUCUGUUAACGUAAGAGAAUAAACGACAACAGCAAUAAGCGUCCAUAUGAAAUGCGUGCGUGUUGUGCGUGUGUAUUGAAUUAAAAAUAAAUUCCCGGGUAAAUCAAAGCCAAUGUGAAGAACGCGCGAAAUAAUCCAAAGUCGGAAUAUUUCGAAAUCUGCGUAAUAGAUGACAUCGUAUUAUUAAUGAAAAACAGGCCGUCGAACACAGGAAGCCGCCGUAAAAAAUAUGCGGCAUUCGUCAAACUCGAGAUUAAAAUAAUAACAUUGGGAUAUUGUUAAUUUGAACGCGUUAUUUUUAUACCGGAGUUUACGGUUUAUAAAACAACAAUAUUAUAAUGUGUAUGAUGUCGUAUUGCGCGUGUUUUGCCUAUCGUUUUGUUUCCGCUGGCGUACUCAGUAAGCACACAUAGUGUACAAUCAUAUAUUAAAAACUAAACGUGUAUUUGGUUUUGGCACGAUUGGUGUACACCGUGACUUGCUAAUUUUAUUUUUUAACGUGUUCCGACGGCGUUAUAGAAUCGCCCGUACAAUAAUAAUUGUUACGAAUAAAAUUACAUACAAUAAGCGGCGCGACGCCGAAAAUAUUAUACGUGGUCCUUGUCGAUUUUCGCCCGAAUCUUAUCGGGCGAUCGCCGAUUCUGGAGUACUUGGGUCCAAUGUAUCAUUAUUGUUAUUAUUAUCAUUAUGUUCGAUCCGAUUUUGCGUGUUUGAAUACGAACGCCGACAUCGCUCGCUACCAGACCCGCGCGUGGCCCGAAAUUGCCUAUGCGAAACCCCGCAUAUUGUACGAACCGCCGUCUGUUUUUGGUAUAAUAAAUAAUAAUAUACUGCUAAAAAAAAAAAAAAAGGAAAAAAAACGUUCGAAAUAUCACCCACGCGAAAUUAUCGGCGCGUACAAUUAUUAACAGUCAACAUUCAAACGUUCUAAAACGCGUUUCUUUGUUCAUUUUAGACUUCUUUCAAAAUAUAUUUAACAUCAUUUUUGACAUGAAUCAAAUUUUAAAUUCUGAACCGCUGGGGUGCGUAGAUAACAGCGCGACAUUUUUUCGGAACAUUAUUUUCUGCUUAAUGAUGCGCCGCUAAGUUCGCAAGAGUCGAAAUGUUGUCUGGUUGUACAAAUUUCCAUUGUGUUCUUCGAAAAAUAUAUUUUAAACGGAAUUCGAAUAUCUAGUAAAUAACUAAACAAAAGUACCUAUUAUUAAUACUGUUUGAGUCUAUUCGAAAUCUAGGACCAUCUCAUUUCAUAAAUAAUACUCCGGCAAAUAGCUACAUAGCUGUAGUAUAUAAUUUAGCGUCACAUGCUCUCGUCACACAUCUCCAACGGAUGGAGUCGUUUUUUUUUCGUUGACCCAUAAUUAUAUUUAAAAUUAUUAUUGAGCACCAUAUGGCCUUUUCGUUUACAUUCUAAGAACUCAAUAAAAAAAAAAAAAAAAAACAAAAACGAAAACAAAACGUACGAACUAAUUUUACAAAAAAAUGUAAAAACGAAACUCGUAUCAAUUGCAACAGAUGACUAAACUCUAGUAUAUUAUUAUUUCGUACGAACGAAAUGACGAUAACAAUAAAUGCAUAUUAUAUAGUUAUACGUAAUCGAGGAUAUUAUCAAUAUUGUUACGACGUACAUACCAAAACCCGACUGAAAAUAAGGGAAUGCACCAUUAUCCCUGUUAUAAGUUUAUAAGUUUAUAAUAACUUUCUGAGUAAUGCUAAAUGGCUUAACUAAAAUAUUUUGUGUACAUACAGUGAAAAAAAAUAAAAAUAAAUACGUAAUUAGUAAUGGGAAUAAUUUUGAUAAAUGGUUCCUAAAAUGUUGAACGUAAAACAACGGGCGAAAAGAGAAAACGAAUUUAUCAUUUUUGGGCAAACAGAGAACGUGAGCGAAAAAAAAAGGGUCGUUUUUGGACGAAAACGGACCCGCCCCUAGAGUACCAUCCAGAUGAGAUUUUCUUUCAGAAAAGGCACUAAAGUUGAAAAUCGGAGCAAGAUUUUUGGUAAAAAAUUUGUUCACAGAUGGAAAAAAUAAAAAUGAACUUCAUUGUAAAACAAAUACAUUCCUGGGCUAUGCACCGAAUCAACCAAAAUGUAUAGACAAAUAAUCGUCAAACUACAAAAUAUAGAUGGAACUGCAAUAAUCAUUCCAGGACAAACUAACGGAGGCGUAUUUCGAUAAACAGCGAUAAAAUUUUGUUUAAUAUUUUAUUUUUGCAUUAAUGGAAUUGGAUACCCGUAUUCAUAAACUAUUUUCUUUCCGUUGCAGUGUUAGCCGUCGGGUCUUGCAGUGCUCUGGGCAUAACGGUCGGCGCUCACCGGCUGUGGGCUCACCGGUGCUACAACGCCCGUUUGCCGAUGCGCAUUCUAUUGACGCUGUUCCAGACGCUGGCCUUCCAGAAUCACAUAUACGAAUGGGUCCGCGAUCACCGGGUCCACCACAAGUUCACCGACACGGACGCCGACCCGCACAACUCGUCCCGUGGCUUCUUCUUCUCGCACAUGGGUUGGCUGAUGGUCCGAAAACAUCCGGACGUCACGACCAAGGGCCGCACGGUCGACAUGAAAGACCUGGAGGCCGAUCCGGUCGUCAUGUGGCAGAAAAAGUGAGCAGUUUUCUCCUAUCCGGUUUCGAUUUGUUCAUGUAUACAUUGAAUGUUCUUUUUUUUUACUUCGGCCCUGAGGACUGUAACGAUAUAUGUAAUACAAAACCUGUCAUCCGUUCGCUCCUGUUUUUUCCAUUGAGUUUCCGAAUCCACUGUCUACAAUUACCUUCUUGACGCGAUCUCCUCAUUUCUAAAGGCCUUCUUCGUGGAUAAAGUACUUCACAGUUAACUAAACAUUUCAGUUUACAACGAGAAGUCUUUCUUUAUGACGAUUUCGCAAAUUACGAAUAAUAUAUUUUGCCUUUAGAACUGAAUUUGAGGUUCAUCAUUGUGAUGAAAUUUCCUUUAUUCGUUGACUAGGACAUCAAAGAUUGAGUCUAUUAAUCGUUUAACUGUUAAGAACAGUGGUUCUCAACCGGUAUGUCACGUAUUACCGUGGUGUACGCCACCAAAAAAAAAAAAAAAAAAAGUGUUUUUGAUAUUUGAUUUUAAUUUGUAUUGAAUAUUAUCGAGUCUAAGAACUUAACCGCUUAACCUACACGAAAGAAGAAGAAGUGUUUGGCUAUUUUUAUAUAUCUAAUUUAGGGUGUUAUUGUAAAAAAAAAAAGGUUAAGGACCACUGAUUUAGAAUGAUUCGUUGUAUAGUUUUCUCACAGUUUGUAUGAUUUUCAAGUAUAAUAAUAACGAAAGCUAGGCAUUUUUUCGUAUGGUAAAACAUUAAUAUCGGCAAAAAGUCGUUUUUGAAUCAAUUUUUAAUCAUCUCGCCCCUGCUACGUAUAUUUAAAAUACUCGUAUAAUUCAGACAGCUUUUCGUUUAUUCACACGUUAUUUUUUUUUUUUUUUUGCUAAUUGAAUAAAACACCGUUUAUGUAAUAUUAUCACGAGUUUUUAAAUUAUUCAAACGAUAAUAUUUCACAUUUAAUUACUCUCUCUAUCCUUCUGGUUUAACAACGCAGUGUUAAAUACGCCUUUGUGUUACCAUCGCACGGCAAUAGAAACACCUGCGACUGUAUAGCUCCGGUGUAAACCGCGGUGACGGUGGCGAUCGUUACAUUUAAUUUAUUGUCGGUAUACGACCGAAAUAAAACCAUCCGAUGGCGUUGUAGUAUUUACUACAAAACAUACGAAUUAUUUUAUUAUUUUCCCAUCCGAAAUAAAAUCGCCACGAAUUCGGCUUCCGUUCGAAAUUGCCAAUAAACUACGGACGUCGUCGUCGUCGUCGUCGUGUUUCCCGUUACCUAUAUUAUAAAAGGGGGAACCUAAUAGUACCUAGCUACCUAUAUAGUACCAAUAAAUUAUAUUAUAAAAGAAGAAAAUAAAUACGAUCAUAGGCAAUUUUAACACGCGAAACUGAUCAAUAACAUGAUAUUAUGUAGUAUAAUAUAACCCCGCAAAACCGCUCGGGUGUAUUACCAGACGUAGGUGCCUAGGUGUCUACGCCGGGCACUUGAAUUAUUUCAGCCGAUUCGAAACGCGUGUCCCGCUGUUUUUGACCUAAUGAAAAAUAAAUAUUGUAUUAUAUUAUAAUAUGUAAUGUAUGUAAUAACACGCAAUAGCCCGUUGCGCAACGUUUGUGCGAAAUAUCCGGUUUCGAUUCGAUUCGCUGCGGUGGUACCACUAAGUCUAUGACUUUGCGGAUUCGAUAACCACGUGCUUGAUAUUAAAAAAAAAAAAAAAAUAACGAUAAUAAAACUCAUCACCAGCGGCGCCCAAUCCAUAUGUCGGACUUAGGUAGUAGACGGGUAUAAAUUAAUGUUUAUUGCCACGCGUACAAAAAAUUUAUUAGACGCCACUGCUUAUCACAACCGUCAAAUCGUUCAUCGCGUAAUAUUAUCGCCUACCUAAUAAUUUAAUAAAUAAACUUCAAACCGUUUCGACGCAUGAAUGUGCAAUACAAAUAAUUACUUUUUUUCGACAACAACGCCCAUUUUUAAUAUCAGAUUCAAAUAGUUCUGUUGUUUGAAAGCAACUUUGGUCAAUACAAUUUUUUCCUCCGUUAUUUCCCGAAAUUUCCCGAGAUAUACGGCCAUCUAAUUUGUAAUGAUAAGUAUGAUUUUUCAAACAAAUUAAAACGUUUGAUAGUAAGUAUAUGUAAUUUCGUGGUUAUUUUUACCAAUAAUUUGAUUUUUCUCCCGUAAAGAAAAAGUCGAAUUUCUUCACUUCUGCGUUUGUUGAUGAAUCAUAUCUUUAUGAUCACGCCGUACGUAAACGCCUGGCAAUUAUAACUGAAAUCUGAGUGUACUUACAUAGCAGCACAACAGUAAAUGAUAAAAUAUAGUAGAUAUUGAUAGGAGAAGAAAUGUGUAAAUCGAAUUCACCUGGUAGAAUGAAUUUCGAUUGAAACGUCUGUGAACAUAUGACUCGUAAGUAAAAUGAAAUGAUAGUAGGUAUAUUUGAUCGUAUAGCGAUAAUAACUAUCACUCUCGCAGUUUUAAAAUAGUAACCGUCAACUAUCGUGCGUGCAUUAUAGUGUGAUUGUAACGUUCGUGACUGUGCGACGGUUACUACCGUCCUGUUGACAACAAUAACUAAAAUAACUCUCACGGUUGUGAAGUUCUCAAUGAAUUCUUACGAUACUGUUAUAUUUUUAUAUUCAAAGCCUGGACGUCGAGAAAAUGGAUUUUUACCCGAAUCGCAUGUUUGUCUACACAUACAUAGUAUAUUUUGUUUGAUAAUUUUCAGAUAUUAUUUAUGGUUGGUGCCAAUAGUUACAUUUCUGAUGCCGUCUUUGAUACCGUACUGGUCAUGGAACGAACGGUUUUGGUAUUCGUUUUUCACGGUCGGUGUCACUCGUUACAUGUUAUCGUUACACGCCACGUGGUUGGUCAACAGUGCCGCUCACAUUUGGGGCACGAAACCAUACGACAAGUAAGAACAAUUUGGUAGAGCAAUACUAUUAGGACUCGUUUCCUUAUUUUGGGAUGACGUUAACAGCUGUUACUUUCUUUAAAAUCGUUAAAAAUUGUUAUCUUAGGUCGGUAAAAACCAAGAAAAUUAAAAUUGCCAACAAUGAAAGUUUUGUCACAAUAACGUUAUCGUGAGAAAUAACCAUAAAUGUACAAAGUUAUAUUUUUUCGAACGUCCGAAGAGUAUUUUAGGGGGCUGAGUUUAUUUUUUCUUUUUUUCAUUGACUGAAUUCUAAGUAAAUAAAGGGUGAAUUAGAAAUUGAAAAAAUAAUUUAGGAUGUGGGUUUAAUUCCUUCCAAUGGUUCGCUCCGAUUUCUUCUAAUAAUCUCCUGACGCUGUCCUAUUAUUUUAUCAGUCAACGUUCAAUUCAACAUGCUUCAACCAGCCCCUAGCCUGCCCGUUUUAUCCUUGUCUCUCUGAUGAAUUGAACGACACAUUCUCUAGUUUUUUUUUUUUUUUAUAGUUGGUACGAUUGGGUUCUCAUUAGUUCUCAUUUUCCGUUCGUAUUCCCCGUUAUUGAACGCGGGCUUAUAUACCUAUUUCGCUAAGAACAGAAUACCUAAAAUAAUGAUUACACCGCUGUCUUUAACCCGCGCGCACUCUGGCCGUGUCCGCAGAAACAUCACGCCCACGGAGAACCCGACGGUAGCGCUGCUGGCGUUCGGCGAGGGAUGGCACAACUACCAUCACGCGUUCCCGUGGGACUACAAGGCGGCCGAGCUGGGAAACUACCGAAUGAACUUCAGCACGGCGUUCAUAGACGUAUGCGCCCGACUCGGGCUGGCGUACAAUCUAAAGACCGCGAACGCGAGCAUGGUGAAGAAACGGUCGUUGAGGACCGGAGACUCGUCGUCCGGGGACCGGGGACACCACCGCCAUCCGGAAGUCUGGGGAUGGGGUGACGAGGACAUGGUCGAAGAAGACAAACGGAUCGUACAAGUGUCAGAAUGAUAUGAUGUCAUAUCUAAAGACAGUAUUAUUAUUAUUAUUAUUAUUAUCGUAACUUAUUAUUCUCCGCGGUUUACAACACUUGCGUAAUACCUACUCGUAGAAUUAUUGUCGUCCGAAACGCGUAGUAAUUAUAGUUUUCUCAAUCCACGACGACGACACCGACGACCAACACCGUCGCUCCCGCGAGUCCCGACAUCGAUAUUGUACCUUUCUAGUUCUUAGAUUAUUAUUUUAAUUGUAUUACUAUUAUUAUUAUUAUUAUUAUUAUAAUUAUUCUUUUUUUUUUUUUUUUUUAUAUAUUGUCAGUCUCUCAAAUCCAUUUAUAUAUAGCUACAUAUUUUAUCAUUUUUUUGUUUUUUUUUUUUUUUCGUUCUCAUUUAUUUAUAAAUCGCGUUAAUUGGAAUUUUGUCUACACGCAUAAUAUUAUGUUUGAUAAUAUUAUCAUUGACAUCAUCAGCCACGAACUGGAAUAUUAUACGAUUAUUACGGCAGUGGUUGUGUCGUUAAAACGAUUUCGGG